GGGCGCUACGUGUACGGUGUCCUCCACGCCCCGCCCCGGAUUUGCAAUUCCUGCCUGCGUAUGUGCUGACGAGCUGAAGCACCCAUCCACUGGCCCACCGCCCACCAACCGCGACCAUCCCCGGCAGGACAAUCCCGAUCCAUCCAGCUCGCCUCGCCGCCCCUGCCGGCCGCCCGGCAGCGAUGUCGACCACCACGGAGGAAGCCGCCGGUGCCUACGACCGCCUGAGCGAGCUCAAGGCGUUCGACGACACCAAGGCCGGCGUCAAGGGCCUCGUGGACGCCGGCGUCACGGCCGUCCCCGCCAUCUUCCGCCACCACCACCUGCAGCAGCAGGUAUCCUCCUCUAGCAGCGGCGGUGCCGUCAGCAUCCCGGUCAUCGACCUCUCGUCGUCGGACGCGCGGGCGCGAGCGGAGGUGGUGGCCCAGGUGAAGGCCGCGGCGUCGGAGGUGGGGUUCUUCCAGCUCGUCAACCACGGCGUGACCGGCGAGCUCCUGUCCGAGACGCUGGCGUCGGUGAGGCGGUUCCACGAGGCGCCCGCGGGGGCGAAGCGGCCCUACUACACGCGCGACCCCGGGCGCCGGCUGCGGUUCAACUCCAACUUCGACCUGUUCCAGUCGCCGGCGGCCAACUGGCGCGACACCCUCUUCUGCGCGGCGGCGCCGGACCCGCCGCCCCCGGAGGAGCUGCCGCCCGCCGUCCGGGGCGCGCUGCUCGAGUACGGCGCCGCGGCGCGGGCCCUGGCGGCGCGGGUGCUGGCGCUGCUGUCGGAGGCCCUGGGGCUGGAGCGCGGCCGCCUCGCCGGGAUCGGGUGCGCGGAGGGGAUCAGCGUCGUGUGCAACUACUACCCGCCGUGCCCGGAGCCGGAGCUCACGCUGGGGUGCAGCGCGCACUCGGACCCCAGUUUCCUGACCGUGCUGCUGCAGGACGCGCACGCCGGCGGCGGCCUGCAGGCGCGCCUCGGCGGACGGUGGGUGGACGUGCCCCACGUCGCCGGCGCCCUCGUCGUGAACGUCGGUGACCUCCUCCAGCUGGUCAGCAACGGGCGGUUCAGGAGCGUCGAGCACCGGGUGCUGGCCAACCGGAGCCGGGACACGGCGAGGGUGUCCGUGGCGUGCUUCUGCAACGCCGACAUCGCCAGGUCCACGAGGCUGUACGGGCCCAUCGCCGAGCUCACGUCGGGGCCAGACGGCGGAGCGAGGGCGCUGUACAGGAGCGUGACGGUGCAGGAGUUCCUGGCGCACUACGACAUGAAAGGCCUCGACGGCCGGCCGGCGCUCGACCACUUCCGGCUGCACUAGUAGCACACCAGUACUAGUGCUUGGGACCUUGUUAUGUUCCAUUUGGCACACAACCUCAACCUCCUUUUCAGUUAACUAGAAAGGUUCAACAGCACAGCAACAAUUGAGCACAGAAAGGCUGCUUCCCUUA